GCCAAAUGGAGCGUGCCUCAAAGCGAAAGUGCCGCGAGCGACGAGCGCGACUGCGAGCAGUAGCAUCCCUCCUCACUGCUUCCGGCUAUUGAGAGCAUAAGAUGAUGGCCGAAUCCCCAAAUCGCCUCCGGCUUCAAUUCCGCUCGCCAUCGAAUUAGGCCGGCGGCGGCGGGGGCGGCGAAGCGCUCCGCGCAGAACCAGCUUCACGAAUCGAGCUCUCCCGGGAAAGACUCGGCGUCCGUCUCGACCAUCCUUCCCUCCGGCCGAUACGAAAAAAAUGUCGGACGCGGUAAUCAAGUUCGGGGCUCUGGCCAGGAAGGCGAGCCGGGCCGCGGGACGAGCCCCGGCCGCCGCCGUGAAGGUGGCGGAGUUCGAUAAGGCUUCGGAGGCUCCGUUUGACAAUUGGGGCGUCUUGGGUUUGCACUCGGUUGGGCGGAUCCAUGAGGUUUCACAUAUCAAUUGUUGCAGGAUUUAUAGAAGUACAGAGCUGAAUCUCCGGAUUAUGAGACCUCACAAGCUGAAUUUGUAUAGGUUUUACUCUACAUCAAACCUACAGGCGUUGUCAAAUGAAGUUUCUGGAAGUCAUACCAGCUAUCAACUACAUGCUACUAGGAAGCAAUCACGGCAGAUUGUGGAGUUGAUUAAAAGUUGCCCAGAUGAUUUGGAAGUGAAGUUGGAUGCGAUGAAUGUAAGGCCAUCUCGCUCUUCGAUUAGAUGGAUAUUUCGAACCAUAAACAGUAAGAAGGUUUCUGCUUUGCGGUUCUUUCGCUGGACUCAGAACUCCUGGCCUGACCUUGGCUGUAAUUCUGACAUCUGUAGUUUGGUCAUUGAUAAUUGUGGACGACUUGAAGAUUAUGAUACCAUGCUUCUCCUCUUGAAGGAAUUUUCUUUGGAUGGAGUGUGCCUUACAGAAAAGGCUUUUACAUUCCUAACUGUCUUAAGGUCUUCAGAAAUGGAUCCUGUGAACAAGACAAUAAAAGUCCUGAAUCAAGUCGGGGGUUCAUGUCGUAAUUCUGGGAUAUUUGCUUUGAUCAAGAUGCUUAGUCAUUUGGGAUCCUUUGAGACGGUGAAGUAUGUAAUGCAAAUUACAGAAGUAAAGGCUUCGUACUACAAUAUUAUGGCGAGGGAGAAGUGUCGUAGGUGUGAUUUUGAGGAAGUGAAAGCUAUGAUUGAUGAGAUGAAGCAAGCAGGCUUGGGGCCAACUACCAGUAUCUAUAAUUACUUUGUCAGUAGCUUGUGUCGGAAUGGCAAACUGAGCGAAGCAAUCCAUUUGAUUGAAGAAAUGGAAGGGACAGAUUGCCCUCCCAACGCUUUGACUUUUGAGAUACUGAUUAAUCACUACAUUAGAGAGGGGAAGAUGAAUGUCGCAACCCAGUUACUUGAUCGAAUGGCAUUGAUUGGGAUAGAACCUCGUAUCACAACGCAUACUGCCUUUAUCAAGGGUUAUUUUCACCGGGAGCAACACGAUGAAGCCUACAAAUAUGCAGUUUCCUCGCGUGUUAACCACUCAGGUAAUGAAACUAACAGCUUGCUUGCAAGGCUUCAUCUAAAGAAAGGACACACUAUCACAGCCCAAAAGAUCCUGCUUGAAAUGAUCGAGAAGGGUCUGAAACCGAACCUCAGAGUUCACUGGGGAGUUGUGAAAACUCUUAAGAAGAUGGGUGAGAUAUGUCUGGCCCAAGAUUUGGCAAGCAGCUUCGCCAAGACACGGUUGAAUUCGGAGGCUGGUUAGUGAGAAUAACCGAGUUUAUUCACUCUUUCUAUCGCUUUUCAUGUUCUCUCUAUCGACACAAGAAAUAUGAAAGUGCUUUGUCUGGAGAACACCUGACCAUUUGCAUUCAAGCCGCAAGACAACAAUAUCUCGGGAGCAAGCAACCCUGAAAGUAGGAUGAGGCAACCGUAUGAUGGGGUGGCAGCUACAAUGGGCAGGUGAAAGCCUAAGAAGAUGCGGGCAGCUGCUCUGAAGGACCUCCACCAUGCGGUCCCUUUGUCCAUUUCCUGCUGGCAUCGCCUUGGACGAUGCUGUGGUUGGAUUAACGACGUAGCUGGCUUCACUUGUUAGGAACUGUUUUCUUGUGGAAUUUACCAUUGUACGGAAACGUGACAUUGUAUCUGUCAUGCCUCUCUCUUUCUUUUUAGCAAGUUUUGCAGUAACUUGUUUUUUGUCUGGUCACUGUAUUCACGGGGUCUCAGACUAUAUAGAGACAUUCUUCCCUAAUA